UUUUGUAGGUGUAACCUAUCCAUUGAAGAAACCUACUUUUUUUUUGCUUCUUGUUACUUCAUCCGGACUAUUUAAGCAGGAAACUUUUAAAGAAUGAGGUUGAAGACAUCACUCUCGAAGGAACCAAAACAUAAAGAAUUGGUUAGUUGUGUGGGCUGGACAACAGCUGAUGAACUGUAUUCAUGCAGCGAUGACCAUCAGAUUAUGAAAUGGAACUUGUUAACUAGUGAGACAACCCAAGUAGCGAAGCUUCCUGAUAUCUACCCUAUAGAUCUUCAUUGGUUUCCCAGAAGUGUAGGUGGAAAGAAGCAAGCCCAUGCAGAGAACUUUGUACUCACAAGUUCAGAUGGCAAGUUUCAUUUGAUUUCAAAAAUGGGAAGAGUGGAAAAAAGCAUAGAGGCUCAUUGUGGAGCUGUACUUGCAGGAAGAUGGAAUUAUGAAGGAACAGCAUUAGUUACAGUGGGUGAAGAUGGACAAAUAAAAAUCUGGUCUAAAACUGGAAUGCUGAGAUCCACAUUAGUACAGCAAGGAACACCAGUUUACUCGGUAGCAUGGAGUCCUGAUUCAGGAAAGGUUCUCUAUACUUCAGGAAAGCAGCUGAUUAUUAAACCUCUUCAGCCAAAUGCUAAAGUUUUACAGUGGAAAGCCCAUGAUGGAGUUAUUUUAAAAGUUGAUUGGAAUUCAGUCAAUGAUCUUAUCCUGUCUGCUGGUGAAGACUGUAAAUACAAGGUAUGGGAUAGUUAUGGUCGUCUACUGUACAGUUCACAGCCUCAUGAGUAUCCUAUAACUUCUGUUGCCUGGGCUCUGGAUGGAGAAUUAUUUGCUGUAGGAUCUUUCCAUACUUUACGUCUAUGUGAUAAAACUGGGUGGUCAUAUGCUUUGGAGAAACCAAAUACUGGCAGCAUAUUUAAUAUUGCUUGGUCUAUUGAUGGUACUCAAAUAGCUGGAGCUUGUGGAAAUGGACAUGUGAUUUUUGCUCAUGUUGUAGAACAACGCUGGGAGUGGAAGAACUUUGAAAUAACGUUAACUAAAAGAAGAACCAUGGAGGUACGUAAUGUUAUUAAUGAUGCAAUGGAUUUACUAGAAUUUCGUGACAGAGUCAUUAAGGCCUCUCUGAACUAUGGACAUUUAGUUGUUUCAACGUCUCUUCAGUGUUACGUGUUUUCUACAAAGAACUGGAAUACUCCACUGAUCUUUGACCUCAAAGAAGGAACAGUUAGUUUAAUUCUACAGGCAGAAAGGCAUUUUCUUCUAAUAGAUGGUGGAGGGAUCUAUAUAUAUUCCUAUGAUGGACGAUUAAUUUCAUCUCCAAAAUUUCCAGGAAUGAGGACAGACAUACUAAAUGCCCAGAGUGUAUCUCUGAGUAAUGAUACUCUAGUAAUAAGAGACAAAGCUGAUGAAAAAGUUAUCUACCUGUUUGAAGCAUUGACUGGGAAGCCAUUGGGUGAUGGAAAGCCUCUUACCCACAAGACAGAGAUUGUGGAAAUUGCCCUGGACCAGAAGGGGCUUACAAAUGAAAGAAAAAUUGCUUUUAUUGAUAAAAACAGAGAUCUUUAUAUUACUUCAGUGAAGAGAUUUGGAAAAGAACAGAAAAUUAUCAAAAUUGGAACAAUGGUCCAUACUUUGGCUUGGAAUGACGCAUCUAAUAUACUUUGUGGACUUCAAGAUACUCGUUUUACAGUCUGGUACUAUCCCAAUACAGUUUAUGUAGACAAAGAUCUUUUGCCAAAAACACUGUGUGAAAAAGAUGCAAGUGAAUUUAGCAAAAAUCCCCAGAUUAUACGUUUUGUGGGAAAUCAAGUAACAAUUAGAAGAGCUGAUGGCUCACUUAUUCAUCUCAAUGUAUCACCUUAUCCAGCUAUUCUUCAUGAAUAUAUUAGCAGUUCAAAAUGGGCAGAUGCAGUCAGAUUGUGUCGAUUUGUUAAGGAUCAAACAAUGUGGGCAUGUUUAGCUGCAAUGGCAGUUGCUAACAAGGACAUGACAACAGCAGAAAUAGCCUAUGCAGCAAUUGGAGAGAUUGACAAAGUUCAGUACAUCAAUUCAAUCAAAGAUCUUCCAUCAAAAGAAUCAAGGAUGGCUCAUAUACUGCUGUUCAGUGGAAAUGUACAAGAUGCUGAAACCUUGCUUCUACAAGCUGGCCUUAUUUAUCAAGCUAUUCAAGUCAACAUUAAUCUUUACAACUGGAAUAGGGCACUAGAACUAGCAGUAAAACACAAGACACAUGUUGAUACAGUUCUGGCUUAUCGACAGAAGUUCCUGGAAGAUUUUGGUAAAAAAGAAACUAAUAAACAAUUUUUACAGUAUGCUGAAGGUCUGGAAGUUGAUUGGGAUAAAAUCAAGGCCAAAAUAGAGAUGGAAAUUGCUAAAGAGAGAGAACGAGCAGCAAGCACUCCACCGGUCAGGACCAGCGUGACUGUUCAGCACUAAGUGCCAUACUGAUCACAUUAGUUAGUUGUUUUAUCAGUCAUUAGUUACAUCUGUGUAUUAAAAAGUAUAAGUAAGAAUUAACAUUUUCCAAAGAGUGAGAAGGAAUUGGCAGUUUUGCUUUUGGACAAUGUGCAGAAUUUCUCGCCAGUGCGUUGUCAGUGCCCCCUCCUGCUUCCCUUAUCCACUGUAAUCUGUGGAACCAUGUGAGCAAGGAAAGAGAAUGGGGCUGGUCCUUGUCUUAAUCUUUCAGCUUUUCAUAGCUUUGGAGUUAACCAUAUUUAGUCUUUGGAUACCUGGAGUUAUACAGUGAUGUAUAUGUUUAAGCUCCUAAAUAAGCUUGUCUGAUUUGCCAGCAGCUGCAGGGCUCAGGUACAUGGCACUUGUUUAGGUGCCCAGCUAUAGACACCUCAAUGUGAAAAGUGCAAGGCUAUAUUUGUAAACCAAAAAAAGGAAUAUUUCAUUUGCAGUUAAAUGUAUUAAACCAUGAGAAGACUGUCCCAGUGUUGAAGUAUUUUCAGAUAAUACAUAUAAUUUAUUAUUUCAAAUUAGUUGCUUACAAUUAUAUAUUAUGUUGUUGGGUAGCUUUUGGGAAAAAAGAUUAUCAUGGAAAAAUCAUCUCACAUUUAAUACAGCAUGGAAGGUCUUUUAAAUUUUAACAAAAUAUGUGUUUUCUGAAAAUACCGAAUAUGUAAUUAGCCAUAGUGUUCAGAGCUUCAUUAAAAAUUAGAAUAUCCUAUUUCUUUAGUUGAAGAAUAACAUUUCAUGUUUGUAUGCUGUCCAGCGCACUUGGUUAAAAUUUUAGUGGUGUUACACAUACGCCGUUUCAUCAAAGUAUACUCUUCUUUUUUUCCUGUUACAUGCAUAUACUGUGGUUUGUCUGCAUGAUUCCUUUGCAAUAUUGGGAUGUUAAUGUAUUACUGGUAGCUGAAAGACGUUAAAGUAAUUAUAUAUAAUAUUUAUCUUUCAGAUGUU